CAGGACAAGUUAAAAAAAAAAAAGAAAAAAAAAAAGUUAGAUAUAAAACAUUUGAACAAAAAGAUAAAUGUUGGAACAAAUAAGUAUAAUGGAAUAGAUCAAAAAGGUCCCAGAGCAUUAAAGGGUAGAUGCAUCAAUUCAGGUUUAGAGUGCAGCCUGACUAAUAAAACUUUAUAAAUAAAAUGAAAUAAAAAAAUAAAAUAACAUUUUAAAAUUGCAUUUGAUAGACUAGAAAGGCGGACAACUUGGAGUUUGUCCACCAGAGGGCUCCCCACACAUCACAGAGACGUUUCCAGUAAUAUGUUGACAACCAGAACUUUGGCGUUUGGAUGAGUUCUUCAAAAUACCGAGCAAAUUUUCAGUUAAAAUACGUUAUUUUAUCAUUAUUUUAAGAAUAACAAGUAAAACCGAAAAGUAAUGUGGUGAAACAGGCAGAAUUUCACAGUGAUUUGAAGUAACCACUCCUGUCCGCUAGAUGGCAGCCUUUUCAAGCGAAUACAAGACUUCACAUAGACUCAACUUAGAUCUCCGCCAGCAAAAUCGUUCACUUUGUUUGAAGCUAUAGCAGUAUGUUUUUAAUUUUUUAAGAAAAACUGAAUUUAAAAAUGUGAGCUUUUUAAUAACCUUUACAAAGCGACAUUUGCAUCCGUUUUCCGGCAGACAGCUGUGCAGGGAAACCCGCGUCUUAUUAUUAUCGCUUCACUGCAAAGCCGUGACGCAACUGACACUCCGCUGCUGCAACCCAUUAAAAUAUGAAGCAGCCGUGCGCCGCGGAUCGCCUUCUUCCUGGGGUGUCGGUGCCGUUUGUCUGGUGAGGAGCGGGGGUGUGGCGGCGCCGAGCACCCCCCCCACCUUCACCGCUUUCAACCAAAACAAUACACGCCCAGAUCUCGUGGAUUUUGUGGCGGAAGAGCUCAGAUCACGCACCUCCAGUCCCGCACCUUAAAAAUCUCAUCGCCUCGCGCAGAUCGGUCGGAAGGAUACAGACAGACAGAGGAUGCGAUAACCACGGUAAGGUUACAGACGCACCCCUUUCCGUUUGAUUUUCAGCGCCCUCGUGAGCUUUAACCACCAUCAGACUGAGACAAAGCUGUCACAACAUCAGACUCACUCCAGCAGGCUGGGAUGUGCCUGUGGUCUGGAUGCAUGGAGGGGCAAUUCACAGCUGCCCUCAGGAAAAGGUUUGUUCUGUCAGGGCAGGUGUCUCAUGCAUGCAUCAUCCAUCUGUCUGUCUGCACAACUUGUGCAUUCAUCUCCCCUCCUCUGGGUCUCCCAGAGAGCAGAAGGCCAACAUCCUCAUGAGGAGCAGAUCGCUUUACACUUUCACUGGAGGCCUGCUGACUGCUCCUGGCAUCAUCUGGAGUCCCCGUGUGAACUUCCUCCCACGAGGAAAUGCAAAUAACGCUGUCAGACACACAACUGGUGAUGGCUUCCAGACAGGAGCCACUAAACAAACAUGUCCUGUGAAUCAUCUGAACUCUUCUUCAUCUUUAGGCUCCUUAGCAUCAUGAUCAACAAAGUGUGUCACUGCAGGCUGAGUUCCAACUGGAGACUGAAUGCCUCUGAAUUCUCAAGGCGGUGAGCCCUGUUCAGGGUUAUGAUGAGCAGUCAGGGCAGCAGCGGCAGCAAGGGAAGUGGCCAGCAUCCUGACACGCCCCCCCUUCGCCACACUCCCGGGCCCAGGCUCCAAGUGCAGCGUUCCCGCUCACGUGACACCAUCACCAUACACUUUUCUGCUCUGGGGAAGGAGGAGGAAGAUGAGGAGGACGAGCUCUACGGCAUAGAGGUUGGACCUGCAGCGACUGCUUCUGUGGAUGAUGAAUCUGGGGGGCGUCAAGGCGGAGCUGCAGGGGUGGAUGAGCUGUGUGUCACCACAGGGUUGGAGGCAAAAGAGGAGAUGCUGUUUGAGUCUGCCAAAGUAGAAACGUCUUCUGGAGCUGCGGUGCUACCUGUAUCAUCCAUCACCUCAUCUGUUCAGCUUCCAGACCCCUAUCUACAGACCCUUUCUUCUACCACUGCUGUUAUCCCCAUUUCCACCCACUCCCACCUGAGCUCCACCCCUCCUGCGAGCUCCUCCUGGCCGACUGAUCGACCAGCCCAUCCUCCUCCCACAAGCUCCAGCUCCUCCUCUCCUUGCAGGUCCACAGCUCUGUCUUCGUCCAAACCUUUUCUCAGUUUGGUGAGGUCUCUGUCUAAUGAUGUUGAGUCUCGAGAAACUCCCGUCUCCACAGCGGUACCACCACACACACGCCCCAGACAGCUGAUGAAGUCUUUUGUUAGGUCUUUAUCCACAGACAUCUCCAAAGCUGAACACCAGGAAGGGUCUCCUCAUCACUACCCUCAACAAAUUCCAUCCCACCGGGCUCCGCCUCGCAACAUGCAGCUCUUCAAACAGUUCUCCCAACCCCGAUUAUCCUCUACCCCUGUUAUCGCCACUCAAGCUGGGGGGGACUCCAAAACAGCCCCCUCCUCCCCCAUCAUGUCUCCAGAUGGCCGAUCUUUCUUUAAAGUCCAAGAGGUGGAGGCCAAGAUCGAGGACACCAAGCGACGGCUGUCGGAGGUGAUGUCAGACCCCCUUCAGCUUUUCAGUAAGAUUAUGGGCGAUGAGUCAGGUGUGGGAUUUACUGGAAGCGCGCAUCGUGCCAAAUCGCUCUCCACUAGCGCGUCAGAGCUCAGCGGAGCAAAUGCUGUCAACGGACAUACAGACGCUAACAGCAACUACAGCAUCAAGGAAGAAGGGGGUGAAGGAGAGGAAGAGGAGAAAACGCCCACAGGAAAAGGGCCCGACUCUGUUUUAUUCUCUUUUCCGUCUCUGUCACUCAGUCCAGCCUUGGCCCAGGCCCCAUCGCCUGCCCUUUGUAGGUCCCCUUCCAUAACCAUGGGCCGCUGUUCAAUGUCGGCCCUGGUGGCUCGACAGGAAGACGACGACUUCUGUGAACUGUAUAGUGAAGACUUUGAUGUCUGUACCGAUACUGAGACGCCAGAUGGAGAUCGGUCCGUAUCCCGACAGCCCCAUACUGGCAGCACUGGCCUAUGUAGUGAACUCGAUGCAGGGGAGGAGGAGGGAGAAGAGGAGGAAGUGGACUGUGUGACUGGCCUCAUCUUCUUAACACAGAUGAUUUAUUUGUACUUAAUCCUUCCAGUGCCUCCAUGUGUUUGUUCUGUGUUGCAUGGGAUAGUGGCAGGGUUUGUGCUGGCCCUGCUGGUCCUUUGGCUGUCUUCUCCUCAACCCUCCUCAUCAGGGACCAGAAUUAGGAGGCAGAGGAUGGUGAGGUUGAACUUUGCUCAACUGGAAAUAAGCGAACCAGAAAUUUUUAAGGGCUGGAUGAACGAGAUCUACAGCUACGAUCCAGAGAUGUACCACGCCACCCUGACCCACUCUGUUUACGUCCGCUUAGAGGGCUCCGUCCUACGCCUGUCUAAACCCAACAGGAACAUUUCCCGCCGCGCCACGCACAACGAGCCUAAACCCGACGUCACUUACAUCAGCCAGAAAAUCUUUGAUCUGACUGACAGCAAGAUCUCCUUGAUGCCUCAGAGUCUUGCUCGAAAGCGCGUUUGGAACAAGAAGUACCCCAUUUGUAUUGAGCUGGCCAAGCAGGAUGACUUCAUGUCCAAAGCUCAGGAGGAACGGUGUGAAGCCGCAGAGGACCGGCUGGCAGGGCAAGGGGAGAGGACCGAUCACACGGACCGACCCGAAGGCUCUGCGUCCACGGAGGAACAGAAGAGACCGUCUUCAGGAGGAGGAGAUCUGACAAUCUACUUGUUUGGGAGGACCGGCAGGGAAAAAGAGGAGUGGUUCCGGAGGUUUCUUCUAGCAUCUCGUGUGAAGUUGGAGGGGAGAGGCGGCGGCCUGGCUGGUGUUGGCAAGAGUGCUUUCUUGCCAGCCCACAGUUGCAGCGGAAGCUUUCAGGCAGGCGGGGGCCUGGAGGCAGACAGGGGAAGCCACGAAGAGCUGUCUUCUCUCCCCUGUGGCCCUGCUGGAGGGUCAAAGCAGAAGAUGCAGUUGGACUAUAACGUCUACAUGGCCAAAUAUGUUAACCCCCAAGCUCCACCGAGAAGCCCAUUUGCAGAUGACAGCCCAGGGCAGAGCCCCGAGAGCAGCCCCCAAACCACCAAGAAGUUACAGAGAAGUUCAGAGGAGACCGAUGAGUCGGAGCUCUGGGUCAACGCUUUCCUGGGGAGAAUUUUCUGGGACUUCCUCAGAGAAAAUUAUUGGGCCGACGUCGUCUCCAAAAAGAUCCAAAUGAAGCUGAGUAAGAUCAGGCUGCCGUAUGUGAUGAAUGAGCUGACUCUGACCGAGCUUGAUAUGGGAUUUUCCAUUCCUAAGAUCCUUCGUGCCUCCAAACCUUCUGUAGACCACCAAGGCUUGUGGUUUGAUCUGGAGAUCUCCUACCGAGGCUCCUUCCUCAUGACGCUAGAGACGAAGCUAAACCUGGCGCGUCUGGGGAAAGAAGGCGAGGGACUUGGGGAGCACGGGAAAGAAUGGCCCAGGUCACGGACAUACUGUCUGGCAGACAGUGAUGAAGAGUCAUCCAGUGCUGGCUCAUCAGAUGAGGAAGAUCCCCCAGAAGUCCUUAGUGACAAAUCAACUCAGCCUGGAGCUGAAGGCUACGUAGGAGGCCACAGACCCAGCAAGAUCAUGCGCUUGGUGGACAAGAUAGCCAAGUCCAAAUAUUUCCAAAAGGCCACGGAGACCGAGUUCAUUAAGAAGAAAAUGGAAGAGGUAUCCAACACCCCCCUGCUGCUCACAGUGGAGGUACAAGAGUGCCGGGGAACUCUGGCCGUCAACAUCCCCCCACCUCCCACAGACAGAAUAUGGUAUGGUUUCCGGAGUCCUCCUCACCUGGAGCUGAAGGCGAGGCCUAAACUGGGAGAGAGGGAGGUCACUCUGGGUCACGUUACAGAGUGGAUAGAGAAGAAGCUGGAUCAGGAGUUCCAGAAAAUAUUCGUUAUGCCAAACAUGGAUGACCUAUGGCUACCCAUAAUGCAUUCAGCCAUGGAUACACGUUCAAAUGCCAACUUGAUGACUGUGAUAAAUGAUGCCAUGAAGGAUACGGAACCAGAGGAGUCUGACAUCCCUGAUGUUUAAAGAUUUGGGUUUUCUUGUGGCGUGGCAGAGGAACUUCUCAGACAUAAGAAGAAAAAAGCCAAGGAGUGAGAAUGUGCCGACAAACUCUUUAAUACCUGAUUCCAUCCUUGCAGCAUCUGUUGCAGCAGUAUCCUAAAACAUGUGGUCGAAAAUGGGAAAAUAUGAGCCCUUAUCAUUUGUGGCUGCUAAAAGCAAUAGAUAGUGACUAACAAAUGGAAGUGAACUUUUUAGAUUAAAAAAACAACAACACACACAUCCUAAUGAAAACACAUUUUUUUACACUGGAUCAGAAAACUGCCAUCUGAUUCAGCUCGAGGAACCAGAAACCUGUGAUGCUCAACUGCAGCAACUCUGAUUGUUGCAAACUUUUUGGUGCAAUGCUUAAAACUCUAGAAAACCUUACUGCUAUAAAAACAAAAAAUUAUAAAAUUAAAAGGGGUGGCCCAAAUAUUUCAAAAUAAAAUCCCUAGAAUAUAGUAGUCCCACGCAGUCCCAGCGUGGUCUUCUUAUCAACUCCCAGCAUUUAUUAACUUUUCUCUGCAGCUCUGCCUUUCCAGCUCUGUUGAAUGUAUCAGUGGGAUUGCAGCUUGCUAGCUGUGCAGAAGCUUGUUUUUCCACUUAGCUUCUGUCUCAAUUACUCCUUGUGUUCUAGUUCAGAGUUGAGCAAAAGUAAUAAUUUUGUAUCUUUUUUGCCAAAGCAAUCUUUCAUUUACAUUUGAAAGGUGUAUUAUGUACAAAAAAAGCAAUCAGUUCCUCCCUUUCUGCUUGUUUUGAUAAAUACAUUAAGAUGUUGGAAAAAUACAGAAAGGAUUUUAUUUUGUAUUUAUUUUCCUCUUGGCAGCAGGAGACUUAAGUCUGUCAUCAUUAUUGUCUAAAAAUGUAAUUUUUAGAUAAAAAAAAAAAAAACUUUUAUUUUGGAAUACCCCCACACUGGAUAUUAGCCAUAUUGUUUCGUGUUGUCAGCAGACACUCAUAAUGAAAACUAUUUUGCUUAUUUAUGGAUUUGCUGUAUUUUUUCAAAGCCGUCAAUCUAAAACCACUGGAUCAUAGUAAACCUGGAUACAUGUCUGCUUCAAUUAUGACUUAACGUUUUGUUAAAAAUGUGUGUUGGCUAAUGUUUCGAGGCAGCAAGUGCCUUCUAAGUAACCAAACAUUCCUUCAUGGUGAGCCACCACAUUUCUUGCAUUACCUUACCGUUUCAGACGUGCCCUUUGAUUUUCAUUUCAGUGUUGCUUUUUUGAACAGUGAUGAAAAUUGCUGUUGUGUUGAGUCGUGUUGCGGAUUGUUAUGGUUCUGAUCAUUGUGGAUCAAUAAACCUUUUUCCCCUAAAACAAA